UUAGGGUCAAGCUGAAAUGAAAUACGUAAAUUCCUUAUUACUGGGCUAGUUGUAGUAACUAUUUUAGGAAAAUAUUUCUACAUUUUGGAUAAAGGGCCAUUUGAUGUCUCAGCGGCCUAAUUUUAAGCCAGGAAUGCGUUCUUUGAUUGUCGCUUUUUGACCACGAACAGAACUCAUGUCAACAAGAAUGGUUGGCGAAGACACAGAGCUGGAGGCUACGUCUAACCUUACUGAUGGUGAUCGCAAAGAAACAAGGAAAUCCAGGCCUAUUGAUGCAUUUUUUCAGCCAGCCAAAGCAGUAGAAGGUACAAAAACUCAGUUGGGACACAAGAUUGCACUGUCAAACUUUACGAAACCCAGUCAGCCAUCAACAGACACAAUUGACGGCGACAAGAGGGAGAAUGAGAUAAUUCAGGACACUAAAGCUUCUGGCUCAAUUUGUGGAAACGAAGGCCAAACUUUGAAAAAGAAACAAUGUUUGUUGGAUGGAAAAUUGGGUUACCAAGCACCAAAACAGGAUUCAUCCCUAGAAGAAGAAUUAAAAUCAAAACAAAGUAAACGUAAGUGGUCAGUCACAUGCGCUGUGCGUAACACUUCAAAACUUUUGAAUAGUUCAGGAUCAGACUUUGAAGAUGAAGGGAAAGAUUUAUUUAAUGCAAAAAAUAAACUAGAACAAAAGUCUUGCAAGAAGAAGGUGAGAGAUAAAAAAAGAACUGCACAAGAAUGCAAGGGAAAAAUCUCAAAACUGUCAGAUGACAAGGAGAAAGAAAUUGAAACAAGUCAAGUUAAACAUACAGGGGAAGAAUCUCAGAGAAAUAUAGAUAUUGAAGCAAAAGUUCCAGUUACCAGUGGUAAUAGUGAACAGACUAAGGAAUUCAGAACUAGUGCCUUUGAUGUUUUGAUGAAUAGACAAAUGGUUAGGAAACCAGAAGAUGAUGGGCUACAGGUUUCUGUGGAUGAAUUUCAAGAUGCAUCAAUUGAAAUUAUUUCAGAAACUUCAAAUUCUUGUGAUAUUGUUGAUUGUAAAGAAAUGCUCCACUCCAAUUCAAAUGUCACAAAAUUAUUAGAAUCAAGGAAAGAUUCUUCUUCUGAUAGAAAUCACUUUAUCAAAAACACCGAGACAAAUGCUUUUGAUUUAUUGAUGAAGAAAGGAAAGAGUCCCAAAAAAGGAGAUUCCCAGCUUCAGCUUGAGCCUGAUAAACUUCCACAAAAUUUUGAUGGCUCACCCAAAAAAAAACCCAAGAAGAAAUCUUUUGAAUUUCAUCUGAGCAUUCUAGGUGGCAAGAAGAAAGAUGUGGAUUUUGUCACAGAAUCUGACAAUCUAGGCACUGAUGUUCAAAAUUGUGAAAGGAGUGUAAAGAGGAAAAGGAAAAGGAGAAAACCUGGAGAUGGAAGUGAGUUGCUUGAGAGUGAAAGUGAUGAAGCCAUUCUCAGUGAAAAUUCUAAAGAGGUGGUGGUGGUUACUAGAUCAAAAAGAGGAAGGCAAACAAGUAAAGUUGCAAAUGAGAAACAUGUAGAGGGAGACAAAGUUGUGAUGGACGAGAAGGGAAAGAGUGAGAAGAAAGGAAGAAGAACUGGGAACAGAAGCACUUCCACUGGCAGUGAACUGAGCUAUACUCUGCACGUCAGGGAAGCUCGGUGUGGAAGUGAAAAGAAACAGCAAAGAGGCAAUAAUGAUGUAGAUGCUAAAGAAAUGAAGGAGAAAAGGAAUGUAAAAGCUAGAAAGGGAGGUGACACAGCUUCCACACAAGGGCAGUUCCAAGAUAAAUCACCCUGCUCUGAAGACCUUGAAAUGCCCAAGAGAAGAGGAGAUCAGAAGAAAAAGAAUGGACAGUCAAGCAAGGAACAGUCAAGCAAGGAACAGUCAAGCAAGGAACAGUCAAGCAAGGAACAGUCAAGCAUUGACAGCAGAAUUGUUGAUGAAAGGCAGGAAAAAGCUGACAGUGAGAAAGAAAAAGGAACUAAGAACUUGACUGACAACGAGAAAACAGCUACAUGUAAAGAGCCCAAACCUUUGGCCUCCAUAUUUCUAAAAAAAAAGGCAUUAAACCCCAAAGCUGACAUUUUAGAAGAACAACCCACAGAUUUGGUUGAUUCAGUAUCAUCACCCACCACAACCUCAACGACAACAGCAGACAACACUGCUGAUAAAAGCAGCACAAGUGAUAUGCAUUCCUCUUCACUGAAAGAAAAACUAACCAUCAAUCAGGAAGCUGCCAAAAAAGCUUUUAAUGCAUUGUUCACUGGCGCACGUCAUCAGAAAACUCCCCCUGUUGUUACUGCGGCAGAGGUUCUUCCAGCUCCAUGGCCAACUGUCAGCCAUGUGGUUCAAAAAGAGCAUCAUAGUUCUCUUGGUGUUAAUUUCUGGAGUCUUCCUUGGCCCAUUGGGAGAGGUCACAAAUCAGAUGAUAUCUCUGGCAGUUUAUUGCCUGAAGGUACAGUAGGUGUACUAUACUACAUGUGUUGCCUAUGGAUACACAAAUAA